ACAAUGCUUCUGUUCAAUUAUUCAGCGGCUUGCCGGUGCUGUACUCGAAUCGAAGGUGUAUCUCAAAAUGAAGUGCCACGGAUUUCAAACGAGUCAGUGUGAUCAGCCAUUGUAACUUUUAAUUAGUUUUUUCGCUUCUCCACGAAUGACAGCAAAAAAUGAUCGAGCGAAAUCUCAGAACAACAGAUUUGAUUUCUGUUUUAAUACUGUAUGUGUACGUAGCAGACAGCUUCAAAAUAACAGCCACGAAAGAUGCAUUAACAAAUAGAGCGAAUAAUGAAGGAAGGAGACUUGAAGUAACAGGCGCAGAGAUAGACAGACUAAAAAAAGCACUUUUGGAAAUUGACGAUGGCGUACACCCUGUUAUCAAAGCUAUGAACAAUCAUGAUCAAGAACAAACCAUGGAAACUUUAAAGAAAGCUCUACGUUCUGUUGAAGACGAAGAACAAGAGGACCGACAAAUAAGAGACAUUGAAUCAGCUUUGCGGUCAAUUGAAAGAGAGACGGCUUACCAUGAGAGCAGAAAACGUACAAAGAUAGAAAAAGUUUUGGCUUCAGUUGAGGCGCACACCAAGCAAGCCAUGUCGACCCCAACUUUCACCUCCAAUGAUGAAAUCACAAAGAAAGGAAGAUAUGGUUUGGAGGUGACUUUACCGUUCAAUAAUGCCGUAAAAGGACAGGAAGGAAAGACAAUCAACCUCAAGACCAACAGUGGAAGGAAAAGAGUUUUUAUUCCUAAAGGAUGGAUGUUUUGCACCAUAUCCCCUCCAAAAUGUUAUUCCACGAAUAGAAAGAAAAGACACAUCAAUAAGAGACACGUUUCCUUAGUUUCUCGGAGACCAGCAAUCUAGUCGUGAAAAUGGAAAUACGUCGAUCAGGGGAGUUUACCUAAGAAGAAUAACGGGGAUUUGGGAGGGGAUGGUAGGCAGGAGCUCAUACAGUCCAUUAUAACAUUAGCGUCACAUCCCCUCAAGACAUAACAUUCCAGUGAUCCUCUGAUCAUCCAUUAUGUUUCAAGACUUAUGGAUCCCGAUGAACAUUUCUUCGAGUCCAAAUCCCGAGGACGAGCAGCUGCAAUGUGAGCCAAGAUGAAUAACAUAAUUUGAAUUAAUAAGACGUAUAUAUACAUUAUACCUUAACUCAGCUAGGACGUCAGUUUCAACUAGUAAUAUGAAACAGAAUUUAACGUCUUGGGAAAGAGAUGUGAAACGAUCAAAUUAAUUUACCAAUGCAAAUUGAUCUAGUUUUAGAUUGCUGGAUUUUUAUAGACUUUGAACGUCGAUCAAACAACGGUAAACCAGCCUUAACCAUAAUACCUUACCGCAUUGACGCGUUCUACAAGGCAACUUUCAUUGAAGCGGCUAUGUAUCGUUGAUACCCUAGCUAAAACCUCGUACCCAGGUUAUCCUUGGAUUGGAAGAAGAGAGACUCGAUCGCAUUGUUCUCGAUACGUUUUACAAUUUUCGUUAUGAGAUCUGAAGUAAAAAUUACAUGGGUUUGGGUACCUCAGAAAGAAUCAGGAAAUAUACAUUGCUACAGUUACUAACAUUAAAAUCAUUAGUCGACUUUGUAGAGCCUCGCACGAAUAUACUAGUUAUUCUACAGUCAUGACGUGCGACCUAUGCAGUUUCGCAUCCUUCUCAUGGCCUUACUAUGUCUAAAAAUCCAGAUGCGAAAUAUCCAUUAAGCUCCGUGGACCUGGAACAUUCCAUUGUUUACGGUUCCCGCACCAGAAACGGCGAAUUAUCUCAAACUAUAUCUUGCCUUGUGUUUCUGUCUAUGCCGUAAACAUGACCUUGCCUUUUUUAAUUCAAUACAUUAACACAUAGUGCGGUUUUCAUUUGAGUGUCGAAAGUAAUCAGGCAAUUACUUUGGCUUUAGUUUUGGUUUUA